GUAAUAUCGUUUUUAUCACCGUCUAUGUUAUGCUAUCAUUGAUGGACAAAACAUGAUUAUUACUCGAUCUUAUGUAGCAAUAAUAUUCACUUCAGUAAUUUCUCUUUUUAUUUUUUGUGAAUUUGUUGUUUAUUAUGUCUCCCUAAUCCAGUGUUCCUGGCCUACCUUGGAUAAAAGCACUGCUGAUCCUAACAUACAAUCAGAUGGGGAACCACUUAGAGUUAUGUUACUUGCUGAUACUCACCUCCUUGGACCAAAAAGAGGACAUUGGUUUGACAAGUUGAGAAGAGAAUGGCAAAUGCAGAGGGCUUUUCAGACUGCUAUGUCUCUACACCAACCUGAUAUUGUUUUUAUUUUAGGGGACCUGUUUGAUGAAGGAUUAUGGUGCAGUGAUUCCGAAUUCGCUGCUUAUGUUGAACGAUUUCAUACAUUGUUCAGAACCCCUGAGGGAACAGAAUUAUUUGUUGUAGUGGGUAAUCAUGAUAUUGGAUUUCAUUAUGGAAUUAGCCCAUAUCUGAAGAAAAGGUUUUCUGAUGCUUUCAAUUCACCAUCAGUUCAAAUGUUUUCUGUUAGAGGAAUUCAUUUUGUUUUGAUUAAUAGCAUGGCUAUGGAAGGUGAUGGUUGUUUUCUGUGUCGAUCAGCUGAGAUUCAACUUCUAAAUCUGUCGAAGAAAUUAAAGUGUAUUAAAUCACCUUCAUCCUGCAAUGGAGAAACAGAUCUGACACAUUACAGUAGACCAAUUUUAUUUCAGCACUUCCCUAUGUAUCGGGAAUCAGAUGAAGCAUGUAAUGAACCAGAUGAGGCUCCAGAAGAUGAGAAAAGACUGAAAUUCCGAGAGCGGUGGGACUGUUUAUCUAAAGAAUCUUCUGAUAUGCUUUUUGAGAUGUUAAAUCCACGUUUGAUUGUUACUGGCCAUACACACCAUGGUUGUAGGAAGUACCACAAACAAUACAAUGCUUUUGAGUACACACUUUCAUCCUUUAACUGGAGAAACAAAGACAAUCCUUCUUAUAUGUUGGCAGUCAUUACAGCUAAUAAUUAUGCAUUAGAAAAAUGCUACAUGCCAUGUGAAUCUACAGUUAUAUUUUUGUACAUUGUUGGAGCUUUGGGUAUUAUUGCUUACACCAUCACAACACAGCGCAGGCUAUAUUGGAGGAUCAGAGUCUUCAAAGUACUCUGACGCUAACCAGUUGUUAGUAAUUUGUUUUAUUUAAUUAUAAUUAUAACUUCUUUGUUUUAUUUUGUUUUUGUUACCAUAUUGUUUAUGAUUUGCAUUAGUCCAAUGUUAUAUAUGCUUAUGUAAUUUAAUGGUUAUUAAAUCUUCCAGUUGGUUUGAUAAAUCUUAAACUUAGGAAAUACAUAAGUUCUUGAACAUUUGUUCAAUAAAUAUAUCUUUCAUUACAAGAUUUUUUUUUAUUUUAAACUUUUUUAUUCAGUUAAGGAAUAAACUUUUUUAUUCAGUUAAUUUAUUACUCAGUUCAGGAAACUUAUAUUAGAGUUCAGAGAGCACAUUCACAUCAUAUAUACAGAAACAUAAAUAAAUAAAAUAAUAACAAAAGAAUAUGUAGAAUUAAGAACAAAAUAAAAUAUUAUAAGGAGAGAGAAAAUAAAAAAAAAUUCUGAUUUUUGUUUAAAUAUGAAUUGAAUUAAAAAUAUUGAAUUAUUAUAAAUUUAAUGGACACUGAGGGCUUAAUUGGUUCAUAAACUGUGAAUUCUAAGGAUCAAAUAAACAACAUUGAUACAUUUAAUAUUUUAUUUAAUAAAUAAAACAUUCAUGAACAUAAUAAAAUGAAAUUCAAUCAUUAUCAUUAUAAAUAUCAUUAUAAAAGACUGUAUAAGAGGUCCUGUUUGAUUGGACUGUCUUAAUGGUAGCGCCAAUGUAGGCUGCUCCAUCGACUGAAGGUGGUCUUCAUCUGGUAAUACUUUUCUAAUGGCUGUAGAGAUGUUAUCUCGAGUACUCUUGGGAACUGAUAGACCACUUUGCAUCCAUCCUGACCUGUGGCUGGGACAAGACUGGGGUAAAGCGAGGGAGUGGGGUCAUGUCCUUCCCUCCACUAUUCUAACUCUAGCGUAUUUUUUAAAUUUUAAUAUUCAAUAAAUAAAAAUCAUUACAUUAUAUACAUAAAUAAGAAAAAUAAAAUGUACUUAAAUUAAAAUAAACAUCUUAGACACAAGCACACCUAUAUACACUAUUUACAACCAGCCAGGGAAAUUCCGAACCAAUCUUGUCCAACCCACAUGUGGAGGAAAGAGUGAGGGUUAGGUGGUCUCUGCGCUUCUCCCUCAACAACCUCAGUGGUAUUUAAAACCAGCUGAGUAAGGGCACUACAGCCACAGGAAGUCAUGACUUGAGGGGAGAAUCUGGCCAUUGCCAGAAAUCCAAUAUACACAUAUUUACAAAAGGUCUCGGGGCCACUGCCACUUUAACUACCAUCCCUCCCGAUAUCCGACAUGCACAAUCAGUUUCCUCAUUUAAAUCUCUCCUUUUUAAGCACUUACUUCUUUCCCAACCUGAUUGAUCACGAAUUGUAGAUAAGAGAACUUUUUAUAUUUCCCCAGAAAUGAUUUCGUUCACUUAUGUUGUUUUAUUUUCCCAUGUUUGUUUUAUAUAUAUCUGUAAGUUUUUAGUGUUUUUGUUUUUUUCUUCUUCCAAUAUUUUAAUUUUUAUGAGAUUUGUAAAUAUUUAAUUUAAUGUAUGACCACACAGGUAUUUUUUCUGUAUCUAUAAUUUGUUCUAAAGGGACAACAGUUCCAGAAUAAUAAAAAAAUAUUUUCAUUUCAUUUAACCUACGAGGGGGGUUGUAGAAAUGGGUGGUGCUUGAUAGAGAUUGUGCUAUAGAAUUUUGGUGAUAAGUAAGGUUCUGGUGAAAUUUGUCUGGGAUAAGAUCAAGAAUAAAUGGAAUAUUAAGGUCAUUAUGCUGGGUUUUAUUGAUUACAUAAGCAUCAACUAUUGUUCGGAGGACUUUAGGCUGGAAGGAUUGAAUGUGUUUGAUGUUAGAAAAUUUAGUUGUCCCCCACAUUUCUAGCCCCUAGAUGGGUUUCAGUAUUGUCUUGUCUUGGACAGAGGUACAUAAAUUGUUAUUGAGCCUGUAGAAUUGCUGCAAGCUGCUUUAAUUAAACCAACAAUUGUAAAUUUAUACAAAAUGGCUUCAAUCAACUUUACUAAUAUUUUUGAAAAAUAAUAACAUAAAGCAGCAACAUCUAUAUCAAUAAACAAAAUAUUUUCCUUAUAUUUUUUAUAACUUACUUUUACGGAUAUAAAGACAUGUUUUUAUAAUGCAUCUUAUAACAUUUUUGUAUUUUUAUUUAUAAAAUAAAAUCUUCUACUUUAGAGAUGGGUAUAUAGUUGACUGUUGAAAUUAUAAAAAUAAAAAAUGGUCAGGAUGUUCAGUCUAAACUAAAUUUUGUAUAUUAAAAUAAAAAUAAAAUAAUACAUUAAAAUAAUAAACAAGAUUUUGACUGCACAUCCGUAUCAUUUUUCAUCCUUAAAAUCUUCUUUAUUUAAUUUAACCUCUUCUAAUUUUUUUAUAAUCAAUAGAAUUUAAACCUAAAAAAAAUUAUGAAUGUAUAGUAAAAAAUAAUAUGAUAGGGACCUAAAAAAUAAGACAAUUUUACAAUGAAGUGAUGUGAAUUGAUUGCAAAAUUAGUAUUGAAUAAAUCAAUUUAAAAAUGUUGGUAGCCUUAAGUCAAUUUCUGGCGAUCUAUCUGAAGAUACACUAUUUUUAGGGUAUUUUUAUUGAUUUUCUAUUGAAAUAUACCAUUAAAUUGCUGGUCAUAAAAUAAAUCUAUUAGCAUUGCAUUGUCAUAAAACUUGUUAAUCUCCUUCUCCUUAAUGUGAAAUAUUUUCCUAAAUGAAAAUAUUUAUAAAUCCUGUUGAAGAUAAAACCUUUAGAUAAAGUAGACUUCUGUUUGUCUAUUAAAAAUAUAUGUGUAAUAAUAAUAAUAAUAAUAAUACAAAUAUAUGUAAAAUUAAAUAUACAGUUAAACCUCUUUAAAUGGAACUUGAACGAAUUGGAUAUACAAUAGAUAUUGUGAUAGCAUGAAAAUCUCAAACUUAUGCAGUUAUCUAUUUUUACAUAAUCACCAAUGUACAUGUAGCAAUAUUUAAGUUAACGAAUUUCAAAACAAUUUAUUUGACGACAAAUGAAAAUGUGGAUAUUUUUCUGAAAAUAAAUUAAAUUUCUUUUUUAUGUAUGGAAGUUUACAGUGAAGGGGUUCCUUCAACUGUAAUUUUUUUUUCAUUGUGAAUUAUUGUAAUAAAUCUUAUUAAAGACAAAGUUCUGGUGACUUAUCAAUGUAAAAUAUUGUAAUCAUAAAUAUCUUAUUAUGAUUAUAAGGUAAGCUAACUAUCUUAUGCAAUAUCGAUUAUCAUGGUGAUCUAUCCUUUAAUGUUAUUAAAGUUAUGUAAAUAUACAGAUAAAAUAUAAAUUGAAAAUAAAUAAAAUUAUGAUUGUAAAAAGUUUGGUUUUACUUUCAUCAAUGAAAGUGAUGGGUGUGAUGACUGUAUUAUUAGAUUUAACUAUAUCAUUGUACCUUUGGAGUAAUUUUUAAGGACCAUAUUUAUAUAUAUCUGUUACAUUGUUGUGAUCGUAGUUACCUUCUUUGUAUUUAUUAUAUUCUCUAAAAAUAAACUUAAUAUACAAAGUAUUUUAAAACCUGUAGAAUAUUUAAAUUGUUCGAUUCUUUGUAUGUAUCCAGACCUCAUUCUGCCUGUCUAUUUGUAACUACA